GCCACGCUAGCUUCAAGGCACGAAGCCUUUAUUAACGACAAGACAAAAUGGAUAAGCGCCAAAUACUUUACCCAGCAACGCCUAGCUGGGACUAACCCAAUGUCACUCCAACGCGUGACAGUUCAUGAACGAGGUAAGGCUGCGGCAAAAUGCUUAGUACGAGGGGGGGGGGGCUGGCGGGGGUGGGUGGCGUUGGUGGUAAUCAACAAAGUUGUAAACGGGGAAGCACUGUCCAGAGGUUCAACCCCUUAACCUUAUAUAAUUUAUAAGACUAUGAGUAAAUCCCAAAGCCAGGACGUUUUCUCGAAUUUUUCAAGUCCAUAAAAUGCAUCUGUUAGCCCAUUUACAGACCGAAAUGACAGAUUUCGCUACCCUUUCAUAUACCUGAAAAAGUGAAAUCCCUAGCCUUUCAUCAUACACCUGAAGCUGGAGGAGGUACCCCUUUUGGGAGGAGUUUCCCCGUAUAGGCCAUUAUAGGGAGUACCCCUUUCCCAAGUGCUUAGUUCAUAAGAGUAUUUCAGUUGAAGCGAUGCUUACCAGCAAAUCCUAUCAAGUUCAACCAAUGCUCUGUCUCAAACUUUUGAAUAUGAAUGGUGCUGUAGUUUAUUUUGGAUGCUCCCUGACCGUGCACAAUCCUUUGUUUUUUGUUCACCAAUUGUGACUGAAUAAAUUAAUGCGAUGUUUCUAUUGGUCAGUAAGUUCAAAAUGAAGGAAUGUUAUUGAACGUUGUGCACGAUCAGGUCCGAAAAAGUUAACAAAUACCUAUAACAAAGGAGCCUAACGAGUUUCCCACCCAUUCCACUUCAGCAACUAUGAACGGAUCAAAGAAUGCUAAAUGCUCUACUGAAUUAAACUAAUCAAAAUCCUUGUUUCUCUCAAGAAGGUGACAUUCACGGUCGUAUGUAAAUGCACAGUCUUUGAAAUAUGCCAAGUGACAAAACCAAGUCAGCCAAGUCGUUUAGAAGUUUUAUUCUGGUUUAUUCCAACAUUAUCUUCUAGAAUUAUUGUGAAAUUAUAGUUUGAUAAAACCACGGUUGUAGAAGAUAUAAUCAAAAGAAAUUUAUAAAAAACAGGAUGUUAAAAGAAUUUAGCAGACGUAAACAUGAAGGAAAUCACUAGCCGUGUGAAGAAAUCUUGGCUACUAUAUCUUUGCUACUAUAUAUGCCAUGAAAGAGAAAUUUACCACAGACACAUUAAAAGUGAUGAUUUCAAAAAACCUCAACGAACUUCAUGCAACAAACGUAAGCGGAGGUCGGUGUAUAAAUGAAAUGGGCAUGCACAGCAUUGUGGGAAAAAUCCGGUGCAUUGUGGUUAAAAAUCCAGAUGCAUCGUGGUUAGAAAUGGAGACUUUUUGUCCCUGUGCAGAUAGAUCUGCUGCUCGCUCGCUACAGGCUCGCAGCAGUUAUUGAAGUUAAUUGCUGUUAUUGUAACAAUAUAAACUAAGAGAGAAUGAUCUCUCUUGUAUAAACAGAGGCUUUGCUUUUAGCCGUGGCUAAAUCUAUAAAUCAUAGCUGAAGCCUGCUAAAAGUAGCCCUUUCUCGCGGAGCCUCCCCGUAUAGGCAAUCAUAGGGAAUACCCCCUGAGAUUUUUUUCUGUCAUAUGACUAAUAAUGCCUACCUGUAUUCUAAAAGGUGACCUUGGAGUUCUGCAUGGGAGACUAGGUUGGCGCUGCAAGGUGAUAACAACUGAUGGCAGAUGCUGCCGUUUUCCAUUCAAAUACUGGUUUAAAACAUACUGGACGUGUACCAAAAAAUUUCACCACAGGCCAUGGUGUAGAACCUACGCAGGAUUUCCAAGAUGGGGAAACUGCAAAGGUGAACUUAAGUCGUCAAAUAUUACUAUUAAGUACUAUUGCUUAUUAACAGUUCAGCACUCAGUCGCUGAUGACACUCAGUCUAAAUUAACGGUCGUCGAAGUAAGGUUUUUUUUUUUUCAAAUGCUCCAGCCUGCUUAGGACAAUUGCAGCUUUUGCCCUCUUAGAUCUAUUAAGUACACUUGAGCACUGACUAUAUAGAGGACUCAUGAUCAAGUCCCGCUAAUGUCUACGGCACUUAAGAAGUGUUUAAAAAACUCUACGGAACUAAACUGAAUUGAACUAGUCAUUGUAGUUGAGAAAUUUAAUUACUAUAAAUCAUUCCUUAUUUUUUCAUAUCAUUCCAAGUUCCUGAAAAGCCUGCAAAGCCUGCGCUAGUAGGUUUGGAUUGGAGCAAACUGAAGGAAACGCUAAACCCUAACUUUGACUGGGAUGCCGCUGUACAAGCUGUUCUUUCAAGACGUUACACUUUGAAAAAGGUAUGAGGUCUCUUCAACAGUCUGUUAAUAUAUAGCUAGUCCACCAAGCGACAGUUAAUAGAUUGAAAUGGUUAUGAGGUCCGUCAGACUUUGUUAAUGUUUUAGUGGAAAUGGUGGUAGGCUCUAUUACCAGCCGCUUUUCGGGAAAUGUGAACGUGCUCCUCCCACGAACAGUCUCUUCUUGGGAAGGACCGAGAGAGCGGUCCCAAGCGGCGAAAAUCUAGCCUAACUUGGAGGUGCACAAAGUUCAAAAGCAUCCCUAUUACUUUGAUCUUAAUGACCAAUAAAAAUCGUCACAUUGUUAUAUUCUGUCACAAUUUGUGAACAGAAGGCAAAAGAUUAAGUACUAUUAUAAUUGAGUUCUCGAAAACUGAAAAAAAAACUAUAAAUACGGCUUGCUGAGAGCAUCAUCUUUGGUUACAUUUAAUGAUUGUGAUGCAAAACAAUCAAUUGGUGGCAAUUUGUAAGGAGCGGGGAAGGAUGGUAAAUGCCAAUUGGCGUUUGGCUGCGAAUGAGAUAAAAACGGGGGAUUUAUUGGAAAGAAGGCUAAAGCUAGUUUGACUGCUGGUGGUAACGGUGUGCAANGGAAGGACCGAGAGAGCGGUCCCAAGCGGCGAAAAUCUAGCCUAACUUGGAGGUGCACAAAGUUCAAAAGCAUCCCUAUUACUUUGAUCUUAAUGACCAAUAAAAAUCGUCACAUUGUUAUAUUCUGUCACAAUUUGUGAACAGAAGGCAAAAGAUUAAGUACUAUUAUAAUUGAGUUCUCGAAAACUGAAAAAAAAACUAUAAAUACGGCUUGCUGAGAGCAUCAUCUUUGGUUACAUUUAAUGAUUGUGAUGCAAAACAAUCAAUUGGUGGCAAUUUGUAAGGAGCGGGGAAGGAUGGUAAAUGCCAAUUGGCGUUUGGCUGCGAAUGAGAUAAAAACGGGGGAUUUAUUGGAAAGAAGGCUAAAGCUAGUUUGACUGCUGGUGGUAACGGUGUGCAACGGAGAUUUUUAUUUACUUCAUAUCUUGCUUACAAUAGGAUUAACCACUCUUGAAAAGGGAAAACUAUUUGAUAUUUUUAUUGUUAUUUAUUUAUUUGUUUAUUUAUUUAUUUUGUUUUUCAGGCCGUAGAUCAGGGAAGAAUCUAUGCUCUUCGUUACGAACUGUGCGACGGGUUGGCGAGAUCACCGGAUCUUACAGACAAAGAUCCUCGACGCGAAAUGUGGAACUUUUUUUCUCCUAUAGCUCUGUUUGCAUCUAAGCCCAUUAGCCAGAGAAAAAACGAGCUUCUUCCAGUGGCUAUUCAAAUGGAUUUUACUCCUGGUAUGUAUAAACCUUUUUUCUAUUGACAAGAAUCUACACCGAAAAAAAUUAAAUCCUUUUACGUCAAAUACUUUAUGUAUUAGACAGCGAGUGGUUUCUCAGAGUCACGCGCAUGGAGUGAAAAAGAAAGGCAAAUAAAUGGUAAAAGAGGAGGAGAGAUUAGGGCAGAGAGAGGAAAAGGAACGCUUAUUUUUGUUCGCAGGGACAUCUGCCUUCGUUCCUCAAACCGUUUUUCGACAAGGAGGCUCCGCCCCAAGUUUCUAUUCCAACCCCCUGUUUUGGUAGGAAAGUACCCCUUUCGUAUAUCUUCUAUUGAAAAAUGGUACCCUUCCACAUAACCUGUUUAGAACUUUACGUCCCUUUCAACCUUUUGCAAAUACGCUCUUCUUAAGAUAUGAAUGACCUCAAACCAGAACGUUUUCUCGAUCUUUUUCGCAGCCAUACAGACCAAAGUGACAUAAUUCCCUACCCUUUUCAAUUAUGCUUCUACUAGUGAAAUUCCUACCCUUUCAUAUACUCAAUGCCCAAAAAAGGUAUCCCUCUCGGGCGUAGCCUCCUCGUAUAGCCCAUUAUAGGGAGUAAUCCCCCCCCCGCCCCCCCACCCCGGGUUAGUAAUCUCACCCAGCUACGCUGAGUCUCAUGAUAUCAGUGACAUCAGUGACAUUGCACAUGUCAAGAGAUGUCAACUGGUAAACUGGUGUUUGUAAACUUUGCUUAGAUUCAGCAGUUUACACUCCAAAUGACGGAGACAAUUGGAUGAUGGCCAAGCUCAACGUUCAAGUAACUGACAUAGGAUAUGCGCAGAUUGUGGAGCACCUCGGAAGGGUAUGAUCAAUUUUCAGCAAGUUUCAGUCAUACUUGUCUCAGCAAAACAUUAAUUGUAUUUGCCAAGCUAAGUGAUAGUAAGUCAGUAAGUUAGCCAUCCGUGGACACCAAUUUCAUUUUUGCCUUAUACGCACUCUUGUAGAUCGAAGUAAACAAGCAUUUCCGAGUACAAAGCUUUUUAAUGUACAAUUUACGGUGUUUUAGAGAGUGUUAAAAGGGCAUAUUUUAAGAUUCAGCUUCUUUUUUUAGGUCCACUUUAUGAUCGAGCCUUUCUGCGUUAUUCUUAAAAGGACUCUGUCAAAACAACAUCCACUGAACCAAAUCCUCAGGUUUCACUGCAGAGAGCUGACUGUUCCAAAUACUUUUGGAGUUCCCAACCUUGUAAACGAAAACGGACUCACAGAUCGACUGUUUGCAUAUGGAAACAAGGGGUCAUUCAGAAUGCUUAAAGACACUUACCCUUUAUCCACUUGGGAAAUAACCGACUACCGAGGCAAUAUUAAGGUAUGUCAGUAGAACUCGCCUGUGAAUGAAGCUCUUGCUACAAUUUGCUACAUAUUUGGCAUAAAAUUAUCAUCAAGAAUUCCCUUUGACUCGAAACUUGAUCUCUAAUCAGCUCUAUACCUUAUAUCUAGUAUUAGUAUAUACACACUCAAUGAUCUUGGUAAUUCAAGCAAUCUGAUUGGUUAGCUAUCUCGGACUAUGACGUUAUAUUCACCGCGCUAAGCGGUGAAUAUAUAUAAAGCAGAAAAAAAUCGCUGUCGUGAACUGGGUGUUUGCCAAAGUUUCAUAGUAAAGCCUUUUUGAAAAUACACGAAUAUCCAAGUGCUGAUGACUUUGAAGGCAAGAAAAGACUUCAUGGUGUUUAAACAGCGUGAUUUAUAGUGAAGUAGUUUACUGUAGCUGACGUUUUGUACGCUCGAAACUAUGUUUACCACUACAGAGGAAAACGAGGUCGCUUUGUCACUGUUUUGUGAUUUCGGGAUUUUCUCGCAAGACCAAUUUUGCCGAUAAAUAGAAGUUAAUUUAUGGAGAAAAGAGGAAGGCAAAUAUUUUCGAAAAUUGUACGUGCCAGCAAGUUAAUAAGCCCAAGAACUUUGGAGAUAAACAACCCUCACCUUGAUCGUAGCCGCUGUUGACAGCAUUUGCAAGAAGCGACAAAGAAAACUUUCUCAUUCACGGUGAGUUGACAGAAACAAAUAAAGCUUUUUUUUUUCUCAGAAUUGGGUAGCAAUUUAAAUUUUCGGCGUUUUCUUUUAAACCGUUGAUGCUAAAGCUUAAUAAACUCGAUACGAAAAGAUUAAAACUAUCAUUUGCCAUGUUUGAAGAUACUGUAAAGAUCUAACUUUUGCGCGUCCACUGUUUACGGCUUCUUGUUCACGCAUGAAUUCACCCGUCAAUAAAACUAAUCGUUUUUUAAUGGUUUCCUUUCUGAUUCUGUUGAGAUCACUUCGUGUGAAUACACUAAAACAAUUAUUCACCUCAGGCUCAGUUAAUAUUGUUGAAUAAUCCCCUCGACUGCGUCUCAGGGAUUAUUCAACAAUAUUAACUUCGCCUUCGGCGAAUAAUUGUUAAAUGUAACCCUAACCAGUUUAUUCUGUUUAAAGAUCAACACAAAUAUUAACACACUGUCUACACGUGAACCUGAAAGAAAUGCAGCUGUGGAAAGCAGGUUCUCUAUUAGAUUUCAGAACGCAAAAACAGAGAAAAGCUGCUUUAAAAACACACCUAUAAACAGUAGACGAUUCAGACUAAGGACUGUGACCUGCGUACUGUAAUUUAACUGAAAGCUUAUUGAAAGUGCCCAUAAUAUUUCAUUAAUUCUUACGCGACAAUCCCAUUAGCCUGCGAAAAAAAAAACAACCGUUUCUCCUCGUUCCUCGCGGCUUGGGACGUUUCGUCAGGCGAGGCGUCUGCACCCCAGUAACAGAAAUCCCCGCUAAUGACGUAAAAUCUGCCUGGAAUCUGGGUAGGAGCUCUGAUUGGUGCACGUUGUAGUUAUACUGUUUUAACGAUUGUUUACCAAUGACAGACAAAAGGCCACAAAGGUCAAAUGAAUCUUUUACAAAACAGUCAAUAUUCGUGGAAUAUAUUCUUCUGUAGAAGAAUAUAUGGAGUUCGUUCACUGAUGAACGCAAACUUACCAAAAUUGACCAGGAGAAACAUAAAAUCGAACAAAUUUGCAUUUGGAACCCCAUGACAACCGGAUUAUCCUGUGUACAGCCGCCCCCUCCCCUCAAGAAAAAAUUGGGGAGAUCUCUCUCUCUCCCCGAUUUUUUCUGAGGGGAGGGGGGCGUCUGUACACAGGCUACUACAGGAUUUAUUAAAUUAAUUUACGUCAUCAGUAUGGAAUUUCUGUCGCUGAGACGCAGACGUUCCUCCUGUAUAAAAGCUUGAUUAACAACGCAAACUGCAUUGCAAAGAAAUCUUUACUCAUUAAGCAAACGGAGAACCUUAUUUACCUAUCUUAAUUCACUAGAAACGCGGACUCGAUGAUGAAAGACUUCUUCCCUUCUUUCCUUUUCGAGAUGACGGCUAUAAGAUUUUGGAAGUCAUUGAACAGAUGGUGAAGGAUUACGUUACAAUGUAAGCCAGCACACUAAUGUAAUAGAUGGUAUAAAAUGAAAGGAUAAUCUUUGUCUCGGCUUAGGAACACCCAAUCGAGCCGUUUACCAUUCUCCUUCCAGUACAAAAGCAAAUAUUUAAUAUGCGUCUUUGUUUCAUUCUCUUUAUUUCAAUCACUGAAGAUAGCAGGCUACUGUUUAGCAGUUGUACUUGGCUUGUCGUCAGGGCUAGAUGUAAUUCAUUCAACGCAAUAUUUUAAUGGAGCAAUGUCACUGUUUUUCAAUCCCGUGUUGAAGUCAUUAGUUAGUGCCUCCACCCAUCCAUAACAUGACCUGCAAGGUUAUGAGAAGUUAUCAAACAAAUUUUAUCAGAGAGAACUAAUCAUAGUAGUUUUCUUGGUGACAUUUGCUGGCAAUGGCGUUAAAACUGACUUGAAAACAAACGUUGGCCCAAUUUUUUUUAAGUUUGAUCCAUAUCCAUCCUUCCCAUCCUUAGUAACAGAAGGCAGAAGACAAAAGACAGUUUCAAUGCCUAUGAGUCUUAAAUAACGAUGAAAUUAGGGCAUUAUUUUUGGAAUUCAUUUAACGCAAAGAUACGUUUGAGCUCUUUAAAAAGGUAGCAAAUAGCCUGACAAAGACCAUGUACUAGCCUCUAUUGGGCCAUCUUUCAAGUAUUGCUUAGAUUCAGCAGUUUACACUCCAAAUGACGGAGACAAUUGGAUGAUGGCCAAGCUCAACGUUCAAGUAACUGACAUAGGAUAUGCGCAGAUUGUGGAGCACCUCGGAAGGGUAUGAUCAAUUUUCAGCAAGUUUCAGUCAUACUUGUCUCAGCAAAACAUUAAUUAUAUUUGCCAAGCUAAGUGAUAGUAAGUCAGUAAGUUAGCCAUCCGUGGACACCAAUUUCAUUUUUGCCUUAUACACACUCUUGUAGAUCGAAGUAAACAAGCAUUUCCGAGUACAAAGCUUUUUAAUGUACAAUUUACGGUGUUUUAGAGAGUGUUAAAAGGGCAUAUUUUAAGAUUCAGCUUCUUUUUUUAGGUCCACUUUAUGAUCGAGCCUUUCUGCGUUAUUCUUAAAAGGACUCUGUCAAAACAACAUCCACUGAACCAAAUCCUCAGGUUUCACUGCAGAGAGCUGACUGUUCCAAAUACUUUUGGAGUUCCCAACCUUGUAAACGAAAACGGACUCACAGAUCGACUGUUUGCAUAUGGAAACAAGGGGUCAUUCAGAAUGCUUAAAGACACUUACCCUUUAUCCACUUGGGAAAUAACCGACUACCGAGGCAAUAUUAAGGUAUGUCAGUAGAACUCGCCUGUGAAUGAAGCUCUUGCUACAAUUUGCUACAUAUUUGGCAUAAAAUUAUCAUCAAGAAUUCCCUUUGACUCGAAACUUGAUCUCUAAUCAGCUCUAUACCUUAUAUCUAGUAUUAGUAUAUACACACUCAAUGAUCUUGGUAAUUCAAGCAAUCUGAUUGGUUAGCUAUCUCGGACUAUGACGUUAUAUUCACCGCGCUAAGCGGUGAAUAUAUAUAAAGCAGAAAAAAAUCGCUGUCGUGAACUGGGUGUUUGCCAAAGUUUCAUAGUAAAGCCUUUUUGAAAAUACACGAAUAUCCAAGUGCUGAUGACUUUGAAGGCAAGAAAAGACUUCAUGGUGUUUAAACAGCGUGAUUUAUAGUGAAGUAGUUUACUGUAGCUGACGUUUUGUACGCUCGAAACUAUGUUUACCACUACAGAGGAAAACGAGGUCGCUUUGUCACUGUUUUGUGAUUUCGGGAUUUUCUCGCAAGACCAAUUUUGCCGAUAAAUAGAAGUUAAUUUAUGGAGAAAAGAGGAAGGCAAAUAUUUUCGAAAAUUGUACGUGCCAGCAAGUUAAUAAGCCCAAGAACUUUGGAGAUAAACAACCCUCACCUUGAUCGUAGCCGCUGUUGACAGCAUUUGCAAGAAGCGACAAAGAAAACUUUCUCAUUCACGGUGAGUUGACAGAAACAAAUAAAGCUUUUUUUUUUCUCAGAAUUGGGUAGCAAUUUAAAUUUUCGGCGUUUUCUUUUAAACCGUUGAUGCUAAAGCUUAAUAAACUCGAUACGAAAAGAUUAAAACUAUCAUUUGCCAUGUUUGAAGAUACUGUAAAGAUCUAACUUUUGCGCGUCCACUGUUUACGGCUUCUUGUUCACGCAUGAAUUCACCCGUCAAUAAAACUAAUCGUUUUUUAAUGGUUUCCUUUCUGAUUCUGUUGAGAUCACUUCGUGUGAAUACACUAAAACAAUUAUUCACCUCAGGCUCAGUUAAUAUUGUUGAAUAAUCCCCUCGACUGCGUCUCAGGGAUUAUUCAACAAUAUUAACUUCGCCUUCGGCGAAUAAUUGUUAAAUGUAACCCUAACCAGUUUAUUCUGUUUAAAGAUCAACACAAAUAUUAACACACUGUCUACACGUGAACCUGAAAGAAAUGCAGCUGUGGAAAGCAGGUUCUCUAUUAGAUUUCAGAACGCAAAAACAGAGAAAAGCUGCUUUAAAAACACACCUAUAAACAGUAGACGAUUCAGACUAAGGACUGUGACCUGCGUACUGUAAUUUAACUGAAAGCUUAUUGAAAGUGCCCAUAAUAUUUCAUUAAUUCUUACGCGACAAUCCCAUUAGCCUGCGAAAAAAAAAACAACCGUUUCUCCUCGUUCCUCGCGGCUUGGGACGUUUCGUCAGGCGAGGCGUCUGCACCCCAGUAACAGAAAUCCCCGCUAAUGACGUAAAAUCUGCCUGGAAUCUGGGUAGGAGCUCUGAUUGGUGCACGUUGUAGUUAUACUGUUUUAACGAUUGUUUACCAAUGACAGACAAAAGGCCACAAAGGUCAAAUGAAUCUUUUACAAAACAGUCAAUAUUCGUGGAAUAUAUUCUUCUGUAGAAGAAUAUAUGGAGUUCGUUCACUGAUGAACGCAAACUUACCAAAAUUGACCAGGAGAAACAUAAAAUCGAACAAAUUUGCAUUUGGAACCCCAUGACAACCGGAUUAUCCUGUGUACAGCCGCCCCCUCCCCUCAAGAAAAAAUUGGGGAGAUCUCUCUCUCUCCCCGAUUUUUUCUGAGGGGAGGGGGGCGUCUGUACACAGGCUACUACAGGAUUUAUUAAAUUAAUUUACGUCAUCAGUAUGGAAUUUCUGUCGCUGAGACGCAGACGUUCCUCCUGUAUAAAAGCUUGAUUAACAACGCAAACUGCAUUGCAAAGAAAUCUUUACUCAUUAAGCAAACGGAGAACUUUAUUUACCUAUCUUAAUUCACUAGAAACGCGGACUCGAUGAUGAAAGACUUCUUCCCUUCUUUCCUUUUCGAGAUGACGGCUAUAAGAUUUUGGAAGUCAUUGAACAGAUGGUGAAGGAUUACGUUACAAUGUAAGCCAGCACACUAAUGUAAUAGAUGGUAUAAAAUGAAAGGAUAAUCUUUGUCUCGGCUUAGGAACACCCAAUCGAGCCGUUUACCAUUCUCCUUCCAGUACAAAAGCAAAUAUUUAAUAUGCGUCUUUGUUUCAUUCUCUUUAUUUCAAUCACUGAAGAUAGCAGGCUACUGUUUAGCAGUUGUACUUGGCUUGUCGUCAGGGCUAGAUGUAAUUCAUUCAACGCAAUAUUUUAAUGGAGCAAUGUCACUGUUUUUCAAUCCCGUGUUGAAGUCAUUAGUUAGUGCCUCCACCCAUCCAUAACAUGACCUGCAAGGUUAUCAGAAGUUAUCAAACAAAUUUUAUCAGAGAGAACUAAUCAUAGUAGUUUUCUUGGUGACAUUUGCUGGCAAUGGCGUUAAAACUGACUUGAAAACAAACGUUGGCCCAAUUUUUUUUAAGUUUGAUCCAUAUCCAUCCUUCCCAUCCUUAGUAACAGAAGGCAGAAGACAAAAGACAGUUUCAAUGCCUAUGAGUCCUAAAUAACGAUGAAAUUAGGGCAUUAUUUUUGGAAUUCAUUUAACGCAAAGAUACGUUUGAGCUCUUUAAAAAGGUAGCAAAUAGCCUGACAAAGACCAUGUACUAGCCUCUAUUGGGCCAUCUUUCAAGUAACAUCACUACAUACGCUCAAGCGAAUCAUAAAAGGCCAGUUAAUUGUCAAGGAGCAGAACGUGAAACCCAUUUAAUUAAACACUCAGCCUUCAAACCGAUAAAGUGAACAAAACCAACAACCGUGGUCUUACUCAAAUUGAUAAUAUGUAAUUUUAUAUUUAUUUAGGUAUUAUGAGGACGACAAAGACGUAAAGGAAGAUACGGAACUUCAAGAUUACGUCAAUGAACUGUCUCUAGACGGAACAGGGCCGAAUGGCGGCAUUGGCAGGGUAAAGACUAUAUAAGAUAUAUCAAGGACAACCAACGACUUUUUUUCCGUAAAUAACUGUUCCAAGCAGCAGUUAUUGCCCAGAAAUCUCUUAUAGGUAACCGUUCCAUUGAUACAUUAAGCUCUAAAAUUCCGAAUAUCCUAUUUUCAAGGUUUUUUCCUAACUCGUACACCUUCGAUUUUUGGAAGUUGAGUUUUUCCCAUAUUACUACCAAGAUAUUGGCUUUACAGUUAAUAAAAAGGUCCCUGGAAAUUUCAUUAUAGAGACAAAACGUACUCCAGAACUUUCUAUACUUCUAAUGAAAUACGGCUAUUCCAUGUCCUCGAGAUUUCGUCUGGACCCAUCGGGGUAGAAACAGUUUCGGAUGAGACGGAAAACCUAGCUAAAACUUUACAAACGUUGUCCAAAGUUCCUCUUAGACAUCCAAACAGGUAAGUAGUUUUUUGAACAGCUCCCGCCCCAAAAAGGCUUCUAAAGCGAAGAGAAAAUCAUUUUAGACACCUCUGACGCAUUUGAAAAGAUCUGGUCUUUGGGUGAUAUAUUCCAAGAUAAGAUGAAUAAAGAUUCAAAGCGUAUGUUCAUACCAAUGAUAAUUAUUUGCUCAGACAUCGAAGGGAAAUAUUUCAUUCUUCAUUCUGUUCGAGGGCUUUGCAAAACAGCAGCACGGAGCAUUUGUGACGAAAAAUCUCGGACACAGAGAAAAACAGUUCAUCAGUCUACCUUACUUAUACAAGAAUUUUUUCAGGUGUCCCUGUGUAUAUUUUACCUAUUACUGUGUUUCCCAACGUUAAACAAAGCUAGUGAAACAUAAGAAACACAACUUUUCAGAAUCACAAACAUUUAUUUCUUUGCUUGUUCUUUCCCUUAAAAAUCUAAAAUCUUCCUCCUGAUCGGAACUUGGUUGUACAGCCAGUUCUGCGAAAGCUAAAAGUGGAUGUGGUAGCCUACGCCACCGUUUAAACUAAACUCUGCUUAAAACCGUCUGCGAAACAGAUUCGAAAUCUUUGCUCUGGUGCCUCACCUGUGUUACUUGAAGACUUGAGUACGUUCCAUAAUUGGCCUGUUAAAAAGGCAUCGUCGAAACGCAAAUAAGGUUGAAAGGAAAUUCGAAACGCACGUCCGGUAAUUCCUUGAAUCCGCUGGGGGCCCGGGACAAGGGGAUCGGCGCCGCUUCGCAGAAGUUACUAACUGGAAUCAGAUAACGUCUACGAUGCAGGCUAGGGAUGUGGGAAAUCGAGGGAAAAACAAUGUGUUAAGACAAAGAAUUUGGACAAGGAAGAGAGAGAAUUCAGUCAAAAACAUUAGGAAAGAUUCAGUCUCGGGCAGACACUGUUGGUGUUUGUCAGAGAAUUAGGUGAUUUAAGAGUAUUUAUGUCACUCAACUGAGUCAAGAGACAUUGCUACUACUGACAAUUAUGACAUUUCAGACUGCAGUAAUUAAGUUAUCCACUUGUGUUCUUGUGUUAUUAUUUAAAACAGAUUCAAGGUUUUCCUAAAAGCAUCAGUACAAGGAGGGAGCUUUACGAAAUUCUAAGCCGCUUCCUCUCCCACGUGACGAUAUACCACGCUGCAGUUAAUUACGGAGUAGUUGACUAUGGACAAUACAUUCCAAACCAACCGACCAAGCUGUACAAUGACUCCAGGGUAGAAGUGGGAGAAUUUUCAGUUUACCGCCUACCAAACAGGCUGACAACCGCGGUAAGUGGGAUUCUUAUUAUGAAACAUUGUUAUUUUCGUUAUUUUAACAUCGAAAGUUUCCUUGACAAAAAGCGUAGUCUAUUUGAGCAUCAAUGUAUUUAACACGAAAGUACCAUUUGGGGACACUACUUUUUACGUUUCCAACUGGAGAUGCGGCCGCCAUCUUACAUGAUCAUCCCAGCUAUGGGAAGCAGUGUAAUCGCUUGCAAUGCAAAGGAAGUACCUCAGGUUUUAAGGUCCCGGGAAUCGAACCUGCGACCUCCGCUCUGCAGUCAAGCGCUCUGUCGACUGAACUAAUCCUGCUGCUGUUAUAAAAAGAAACGAAGCGCAAAAAAAUAAAAGUGUCAAAGUUAUAGUUUGCAUACCUCAAUAGCUAUUAGCGACUUCUCGGUAGUUGAAAAAAUCUGAAAAUCUCAAAAUCUGUGCUAUAGAAGUUUUCCUCCGACAACUUGAUGUUUUUCAUUGAUUCGAAUUUCAUAUUCAGUCCGUUCUUUGGAGCAUCGCCUUCUACAUUUAGUAUAUUCCAGAACAGACCAUGGUGACAUUGUUAGUGUAAGUUUAAAUUAUUGUGUUUGGAAAUUUCAGAUCCAGUCCAGUGCUUUCAAUACGCUUGGAAUAUUCCGCCUCGACCGCUUGUUUGACUACGGCAACUUCCUUGAGGAUACGGACGCUGUCAAUCUUGUUAACCAUUACUAUAGAAAGCUAAUGCAAGUUGUCCAGCCUAAAUUGCAGAGUCUAAACAGGAAAAGGAAGGAUCGCGGAGAUCUGACCUAUCCUUAUUUUAUUCCCAAGUGGUUGCCGAACGGAAUUCAGACAUAAUCCACACAUUUUUGCAACUUUGACAUCAUUGAGUGAGUGGGGCGUAAGGGUUUUCGGUGAUGGGCUUUUGCUCGAUUUUUUGUGCGGUUUUGCGGAAAUUUUUAUUUCAAGUUGCGGUAUUGCGAUUUUACAAAACCAAGCUGUUUACGGUAUUCAGAAAUUUUCGGGUAGUUUCGAUGAUGUGCGGUUUUCUUUUGUUAUUCUGAACGGUGUUUAUGGGUAUCUCUGUGCGGUUUUGCGGUAUUCGUACCCCCAGUCACACAGUUUUACAAUUAAAUGGCCAAUGUAAUACUCAUAGCGCAUCUUGUGAGGAACAGCACGUAAAUUAUAAUCCUCAUUUCUUGUAGAAGGGUUCACUCUUAGGGAAAUCCUUUCAGAGUGCAUGAAAUAUUGUGUGUUGUUAAUGUGUGUUUAACAUAAAGAGAUCGCAUGACUUGUACCACACUUACUAGUGAUGUGAUAUAAACUUGAAAUUAAAGAGCA